AAGUGAAAGACACUAAUGAAUAUAUGAGAGAUCUAAAUUUGUUUCGCGAAUGUUGAAGAAAAGUAGAGCUUUGUUUGCUUUCAGUAGCAUGAAGAUCUGGGCGCAUGACCACAUCAGUAUGUAAAAUAUGGUACACCUGGAGUUCAGUUGCUUCUGGACAUCAACAAAAGACGAACAGCAAGCAAGCUUGCGCAUCGUCUACAAUGUGGAGACCGCAAGUGCCCAAGUCUCCGUGGGCCCGCAUACUCAUACCACUGCACUGCGAACGACUUCGGCUCCUGGUACAGUUUGACUCCUUGUCGCUACACUCUUCGAUUCAAAAUUCAAUGUAAACAACAGUAUAUGCUUUGUUUCCAAGUCCAACGCCCUCCAUGUUUUCUUGAUGGAUCGAUUGUGACGAUGGCCCUUCUGAAUAUUAGCCUGCUUUCUUUCUCAUCAUUGUCUACCUCUAAGUACACUCUACAGUCCGGCCCGUCUCAGUGUGGGAUUUGUACCUGGGCGCCGAGGUGGAUCUGCUUGGUCGGAAAGUAACCCUGCGACAUUGUUCUGGCACCACAUUGCAGUGGUUGCAGUAUUGGGGUCGACGGUUACAGGAGCGCGCUGUAAUUCUGCAGGAAAUACUGGCUACAUCUGAAGAAGAACUUGCCGAUAUGAAUGUUUUGGUACAAAAGGACGAGAUGAAAAAGGACGCCGAAGGGCACGAAGACGACAAAGACAUUCUUAUAGAACACGGAACGACGCACUGGCGAAAUCCUUCGAUCAAUCUCAAAGCUCGCAACGGGCGACCACAAUCGCCUCCAGGCAGUCCACACGGAGGAGGAGGAGGAGGAACCUCGAAGCCGUGUUCCAACGGAAUGAGCCUGCUAGCUGCGUUUCACCAGUCGACAAAUCUUUCAGGAGGACCAUCUUCUGCAGGAGCACUACUAGAUUCGACAUCUUCAGAACAUCAAAACAACAAGUACAUCUUCAUCGACGAAGCGUUGUUACUGAAAACACUCACCGCACAAAGCCGAUCUCGUUUGGCUGCUCUACCAGCUGGCGCAACGACCUUCGAAAGUUCCGCGCAACAGAACAAUAAGGGACGCGAGCGUGCGUGGAAUCUGCGCAAGCUGAUGAUGGAGGUAACACAACUGCAAACGGCGGUACGACAGAAAGGUUUGCUGCGAUCCACAACUGUGGACUUCAUAGGAGUUCCGCUGGAAAUGAGAGAGAUCGGACUGUUGAGUCAAACCGUGGUCCAGUCACUCGAGGAUGACAUUGACGGCGGGGAAUGACGAAAUAAAUUGAGACCGACGUUCCGUUUUGAGACAAACAGCAUCCGCUUCCUUGAGGAUGCAACGCUCGAAAACAAAAAAAGUUUGAAGCUGUCGACACGUCAACAUCAAUAAUUGCUAUUGCGGAGGUCAUAAGCACGACAUCAACAUAAGUAGUCACACUAAGAAACAUAAAAAAACGACACGUGGUUGGAUGAUGAAUGCAGUUCUCUAUUCCAAAAAAGUAGGAGGUUGAAAAUAUGAAAACAUCCAGAGUUGGAGAUUAUGAAAACAUCAUGUGCAUAGGCGAUUGUGAUGAAACAGCAAGUAUGUUGUUAUGUUAGGUAGUAACCUUUAGGUUGAAGAGAAACCAGGGGAGGUAGGAUGAAGAGAAACGAGGAAAAAAGUACUUAGUAGAAGAACCAAUUAAUUUCUUGCAACUGGGUAAAUAUGAUGCCAAUUUUUCGUUUUGAAAGCGCAGAAGAACGCAAGAAGAUAGUAGAAAGAUUGAUUGCAUUUUUUCCAUGCUCUGGUGGUUCGUUUUUAAUCCAAAUGACUCAGACUUCGAGUCUCCUAGUGACCAAGAUGAAACUUGAUUCCGAAAUGAAGAGCGAAUUUCAAUCGCCAGAUCCUCAUUCCCUGCGCCUGCUACAACCGUACAUGUGAGUGUUGGGAGCUGGAAGUAGGUGCUACUGCCAGUGCUUCAGCAUGAACAAG